AUGCUGGUGGGGCCCUCUGAUGUAUUAUUGUACAACCAACAGUUAAGUUUAGUGGUUAACGUUCGUGUGGAGGCCUACGGUAACGUUCGUGUGGAGGCCUACGGUAACGUUCGUGUGGAGGCCUACGAUAACGUUCGUGUGGAGGCCUACGGUAACGUUCGUGUGGAGGCCUACGGUAACGUUCGUGUGGAGGCCUACGGUAACGUUCGUGUGGAGGCCUACGAUAACGUUCGAGUGGAGGCCUACGGUAACGUUCGUGUGGAGGCCUACGGUAACGUUCGUGUGGAGGCCUACGGUAACGUUCGUGUGGAGGCCUACGGUAACGUUCGUGUGGAGGCCUACGGUAACGUUCGAGUGGAGGCCUACGGUAACGUUCGUGUGGAGGCCUACGGUAACGUUCGAGUGGAGGCCUACGAUAACGUUCGUGUGGAGGCCUACGGUAACGUUCGUGUGGAGGCCUACGAUAACGUUCGUGUGGAGGCCUACGGUAACGUUCGAGUGGAGGCCUACGGUAACGUUCGUGUGGAGGCCUACGGUAACGUUCGUGUGGAGGCCUACGGUAACGUUCGUGUGGAGGCCUACGGUAACGUUCGUGUGGAGGCCUACGAUAACAUUUGUGUGGAGUCCUACGAUAACAUUUGUGUGGAGGCCUACGAUAACGUUCGCGUGGAGGCCUACGAUAACGUUCGUGUGGAGGCCUACGAUAACGUUCGUGUGGAGGCCUACGAUAACGUUUGUGUGGAGGCCUACGAUAACGUUUGUGUGGAGGCCUACGGUAACGUUUGUGUGGAGGCCUACGGUAACGUUUGUGUGGAGGCCUACGGUAACGUUUGUGUGGAGGCCUGA